UUGUACUUGGCUAGAUAGUAUGAGCUACGUGAAGUCUGAGCAUGCGUUUGCGAACGUUAUCUCUGUUUUUCAAAUCUUGUUUAGCUAGCUGCUAAACACUCUAGCUACGUUAGCCAACUAGCUAACGUUACUCGAUUUAGCUAGCUAGCUGCUAACUAGUUGUGUAUCAAGCUAGCGAAACAAACUCCGUGGGUUUCAGCGAAACGAGUAUUUCUAGUUUGCUGCCAAACGAAAUCGCGAAGCGGACUAAAAAGAAACUAGAUAUCCCGGCCAGAGUAACAAGCUGUAACAACUUCUCUGGCUUGCUAGGUUCUAGCAAACCCGCAGAGAUGUUUUUUGCGUGAAAGCCGGGGUUUCUGUUGGUAUUUUAAUGGGAGGCGGGCUGCGUUGUGGCGAAGCUCGUCGGCGUUUUUUGCGAAGGAAACGGAGGUGCCGCCGUCCAGGUUGGCCUGAAUGGAGACGCUUGCCGACUAUGUGUACAAGGCGGCCAGCGAGGGCCGAGUCCUGACAUUGGCCGCCCUGCUGCUCAACCAUUCGGAGGCCGACACAUACCAUCUGCUAAGUUAUGUGACCCAGCAUGCCGGCCAGCGCUCGACUCCUCUCAUCAUCGCCGCCCGGAACGGGCACGCCAAGGUUGUGAGGCUGCUGCUAGACCACUACCGAGUUGACACCGAGCAGACGGGCACCGUACGAUUCGACGGAUAUGUUAUUGACGGUGCCACAGCGUUGUGGUGUGCAGCUGGAGCGGGGCACUUUGAGGUGGUGCGCCUGCUGGUGCUGCACAACGCCAACGUGAACCACACCACGGUCACCAACUCCACCCCGCUGAGGGCGGCCUGCUUCGACGGCCGCCUGGAUAUCGUGCGCUUCCUGGUGGACCACCAGGCCGACAUCAGCAUCGCCAACAAGUACGACAACACCUGCCUGAUGAUCGCCGCCUACAAGGGCCACACGGACGUGGUGCGCUUCCUGAUGCAGCGGGGCGCCGACCCGGACGCCCGGGCGCACUGCGGCGCCACCGCCCUGCACUUCGCCGCCGAGGCCGGCCACCUGGACAUCGUCAAGGAGCUGGUGCGCUGCCAGGCCGCCAUGGCGACCAACGGGCACGGCAUGACGCCGCUGAAGGUGGCGGCGGAGAGCUGCAAGGCCGACGUGGUGGAGCUGCUGCUGUCGCACGCCGACUGCGACCCCAAGAGCCGCAUCGAGGCCCUGGAGCUGCUGGGCGCCUCCUUUGCCAACGACCGCGAGAACUACGACGUCCUCAAGACCUACCACUACCUGUACCUGGCCAUGCUGGAGCGGCACCGGGACCUGGCCAACGUCAUCGUCAAGGAGACGCUGCCGCCCAUCGAGGCGUACGGCGGGCGGCGGGAGUGCCGCACGCCGCAGGAGCUGGAGGCCAUCCGGCAGGACCGCGACGCGCUGCACAUGGAGGGCCUGAUCGUGCGCGAGCGCAUCCUGGGCUCCGACAACAUCGACGUCUCGCACCCCAUCAUCUACCGCGGCGCCGUCUACGCCGACAACAUGGAGUUCGACCGCUGCAUCCGCCUCUGGCUGCACGCGCUGCUGCUGCGGCAGAAGGGCAACCGCAACACGCACAAGGACCUGCUGCGCUUCGCCCAGGUCUUCUCGCAGAUGAUCCACCUGAGCGAGCCGGUGCGGGCGCGCGACGUGGAGCGCGUGCUGCGCUGCAGCGUGCUGGAGAUCGAGCGCAGCAUGUCGCGCGUGGCCGCCGCGCAGGAGCCCGACCUGCACACCGCCAUGGACAACUACGAGUCCAACCUCUUCACCUUCCUCUACCUGGUGUGCAUCUCCACCAAGACGCAGUGCGGCGAGGAGGAGCGGGCGCUGGUCAACAAGCAGAUCUACAACCUGCUGCAGCUGGACCCGCGCUCCCGCGACGGCUCCUCCCUGCUGCACCUAGCCAUCAGCUCCAGCACGCCCGUCGACGACUUCCACACCAAUGACGUGUGCAGCUUCCCCAACGCACAGGUCACCAAGCUGCUGCUGGACUGCGGCGCCCGCGUCAACGCCGUGGACCACGAGGGCAACAGCCCGCUGCACGUCAUCGUGCAGUACAACCGGCCCAUCAGCGACUUCCUCACGCUGCACGCCAUCAUCAUCAGCCUGGUGGAGGCGGGCGCGCACACGGACAUGACCAACAAGCAGAAGAAGACGCCGCUGGACAAGAGCACCACCGGCGUCUCGGAGAUCCUGCUCAAGACGCAGAUGAAGAUGAGCCUCAAGUGCCUGGCGGCGCGCGCCGUGCGGCUCCACCAGAUCUCCUACCGCAACCAGAUCCCCCGGACCCUCGAGGAGUUCGUGGAACUUCAUUAAUGGGGCGAACACUGCUUUUUCUGAAACUUUUUGUUUUCGAAUAAAUCAAAUGGUGCUGGGGAUAAUAGCUUUUGAAAAAGCCUGGACGGUUCAACACGUUUUAUGUUUAUAAUAGUUCCUUUUAUUUUCUGUUCAGAGCGUCCUGUGUGAGUACCUGCAGUCUGUAAUGCCAUGUUAAUCUCAGUGCUGAUGCACUAAACCAUCUACGUUAGGAGUGAGAGGAAUGAGAUGGAGCUUUGGAAUGGAGCAGCCCUGACGAAAGGGCAUGAAAAGCUUUAACACCCGAGUGGUGACAGCCAUGCUCUGACACAGCCCACCACCAGGGUGGCGCCCCUCCAGGCUUCCACUUCAGCACAGAAUGUUUCCACUGGGGGCCAAAUUUUCAAACAAGAAGUUGUAGCUAGUCAACCAUAUGUUUUUUUUUUUGCCUUCUCGCCUUUUUGUUUGUGCCACUGAACAGCCAAUUCCGCUCUCUGUUAGUGCAGAGAUGACAGCCAGAGACUGCGCUUGUGCGCAUGUGUGUGUGUGU